AACUGUGUCCUGAUUAUUACUGAUUUCAAAUCUCUGGCUUGGUGGUAUUGUUGUUCCUCAGGGGAAUUUCAGUGUGCCCAUGGGAGGAAAUGCAUAGACUCAAAACUAGUGUGCGAUGGCAAACCGCAGUGUCAGGAUUUUUCAGAUGAGAGGGACUGCUUCAUUCGCAGCAAGAGCUGCAGCCAUCGCUGUGAUAAUAAAACCCGCUGCAUCCCAGAAAACUUCCUGUGUGACGGAGAGAAAGACUGUGUGGACGGCACGGAUGAAUCUGACUGCGGGUACCCCACAAAGGUGGUGAAGUGUGAGAGUCCUGCGGUGUUGUGUCGUGACGGGUCGCUGUGCAUCCCUCACACCAGUCUCUGUGAUGGGAAGAGAGACUGUCCUGAUGGAUAUGAUGAAACCUUUUGCUUUGACCAUUGUCCAAAUGCAGGUGACUUCCUGUGUGCGGACAGGAGGAAGUGUGUGGCGAGGGAUCUGGUGUGUGACGGUCGCUCUCACUGCACUGACGGCUCAGAUGAGACGGGAUGUCCCACCACUGCUCCUGAAACCGUCUCCACAGCAUUAAAGUGUCGUGUGGGCUCUAAACCCUGUGAGGACGGCCGUGAGUGUGUGCUGUACAGUCAUGUGUGUGAUGGAGAGAUGGACUGUAAAGAUGGAUCAGAUGAACACGGCUGUGAAUAUCGCUGUAAAGCAGAUCAGUUCCAGUGCGCUCAUGGGAGGAUGUGUAUCGACAGAAAGCAGGUGUGUGACGGCACACCUCAGUGUCAGGAUCGCUCUGAUGAACUGGACUGUUUCAGUCGCUCACACGAAUGCAAACAUCAGUGUGAUAAUAAAACUCGCUGCAUCCCAGAGAGCUUCCUCUGUGACGGAGAGAAAGACUGCGUGGACGCCACUGACGAACACAACUGUGCUCCCAUCACUGGCCCAUCUGUCACAGACCAGCCAGUCUGCUUGAGCCCUUCUGUAUUUUGUCAUGAAACCUCCAAAUGCAUCUCACCGUCCCAGCUGUGUGAUGGAAAGACGGACUGUCCCAGUGGAGCCGAUGAGCAGUCUUGUAUAUAUUCAUGUCCAGAUCUAGGCCAGUUUCUGUGCAAGGACAGACGGAAGUGUGUCGAGAGCGCUCUGGUGUGUGACGGUCAUCCACACUGUGCUGACGGCUCAGAUGAGAAACAGUGCCCCACCUGUGCUUUGCUUUGUGACCAGAAGAGUGUUUGCCUGACGAGUCAGCAGAUCUGUGACCGAAAACCAGACUGUAGAGACGGUUCAGAUGAGAACAUCUGCUACACUAGUCGUGUGGCUGCGAGUGCUGCAUUACCACUGAAAUGUCCCUUGGGAUCCAAACCUUGUAGUGAUGGGAAAGAGUGUGUCCUGUACAGCCAUGUGUGUGAUGGAGAGAAAGAUUGCAAAGAUGGGUCUGAUGAGAGGAACUGUGAGCGUAAAUGUAAAAAAGGCCAGUUCCAAUGCGCUCACGGCAAGAAGUGUAUAGACAUGAAGCUUGUGUGUGACGGCACACCUCAGUGUCAGGACCGAUCAGAUGAAAUCAACUGCAUGAAGCUCUCCGAGGAGUGCAGGCACCCGUGUGACAAUAAAACCCGCUGCGUUCCUGAGACCUUCCUCUGUGACGGAGAGAGAGACUGUGCGGAUGGCACUGAUGAAGACAACUGUGUUGUAGAGCCCUGUUCUGGAGAGCGGUUCCAGUGCAGUAACGGUCAGUGUGUGGCGCUGGCUCUCCGCUGUGAUGGGCACGCUGACUGUCGUGAUCACUCGGAUGAGAAGGGCUGUCCUCAGCCCCCACACUGUCCCAUGGAGCAGCGCUGCCCCCAUACACACGAGUGUCUGCUGAAAGAAUGGCUCUGUGACGGAGACCAGGACUGCAGUGAUGGGUUUGAUGAGAGGAACUGCGAGGUGACUGCACAGAAGUGUGGAGAGUUCCAGUGGUCGUGUGCAUCUAAAACUCAAUGCAUUGCGAUGACAUGGAGGUGUGACGGCGUAAAGGACUGUAAAGAUGAGAGUGAUGAAUCUGGAUGUGGUCAAGUGAAAUGCCCGACACACUUGUUCCAGUGUGGAAGUGGGGAGUGUGUGGAGCCAGAUCUGGUGUGUAACGGGGCGUCUGACUGUGCAGACGGCUCUGAUGAGGGUGUGGGGUGUCUGAAGAACAACUGCUCCAGUCCCAGCCGCCCAUCAUGCCAGCACUACUGCAUCAACACUCCACACGGAGCAAGAUGUGGCUGUAAGACUGGUUUCAGGCUUCAGUCUGACGGUUUAACCUGCGAUGACAUAGAUGAAUGUAAAGAGAUUCAGCCUGCUGCCUGCAGUCACAAGUGCCUCAACACACUGGGCUCCUACCUGUGCCAGUGCCACCCUGAGUUUAUACUGGAGCCGGACGGGCACAGCUGCAAGACUGCAGAGGAACCCAGUCUUUUGAUCUCUGAACAGUAUGAGCUGUUAAAUGUGGGUCUGCGAAGCUCCAGUAUUCAAGCCCUCAUCGCACCGGGACGGAUGGCCAUCUUCUCUCUGGACUACGACCGGAGAGAGCAGAGGGUGUACUGGGUCAGUCUGGAGGACCAGAGCAUCAAAUACGCCUUUCACAGAGAAAAGGACAACACUGGAACGAUCGUCAAAGGAGUGAAGUCAGACUCCAUUGCGGUCGACUGGAUGGGAAGGAACCUUUACUGGGUGGACGGUGUUGCUGGGCAGAUUCUAGCUGUGAGAUUGACCAGCAGUAUUGUAAAGGCGCAAAACUACGUAAUCGUUGUGGAAGAGGAUUUGCAUCAGCCUCGCUCGCUUGUGCUGCUGCCUCAGAAGGGGGUAAUGUUCUGGUCCGAGAUCGGAGGUCAGGCACAGAUCGAGCGCUCGGGCAUGGACGGCUCAGACAGGAAGGUGGUGGUCAGCCGCGGUCUGGAGCGGCCGGUCAGCGUGACGGUGGACACACUGACUGACAGACUAUACUGGACUGACGAGAAGCUCCGGUGUAUAGGCUCGGCGACGCUGGAUGGAGAAAACAUAAAGUUGCUGCAGCUGUCGGAGAUGCCCAGUCUGUUCUCUGUGGCGGUGUUUAAUGACAUGGUCUACUGGUCCGACACGCACAGACGAUCUGUUCAAGGGGCCAAUAAACUGACGGGCAAGAACCGCAAAGUUCUUCUCAAGAGACCCGGACAGCCCUUCGACCUCAAAGUUGUGCACGCGCUCUUGCAGCCCAAUGUGUCCGGCCCGUGUGAGGCGCUCCGGUGCUCUCACGUGUGUCUGCUGGCUCCGGGGCCCAGGGCGGUCUGUCGCUGUCCGGCGGGGCUUCUCUUAGCCUCGGACGGCUUCACCUGCACCACACCUGUGGACUCCUCCUCCUCUUUCCUUAUGCUGCUGUCUCCGACCAUGAUUACACAGAUCUUCACUAAGAGCCUCCAGGCAGGAUUGGGGCUGAAGACGUGGCCGGAGCACCGUGCUCUGACUCUGCCGGCCGUGAAUCAAGCUUCAGACUUCGAUCUGCUCCUCAAGGACCGCACCGUCUCUGUAGCUGACGCCGGACGAGGAUCUGUAGCUCAGCUCAAACUCAGCAGCUCUGGGUUCACACCCAUCGGUCACUUGCUUCAGCUCAAAGGAGACCUGCUGACCGCUCUGGCUGUGGACUGGGUCACACGAAACCUCUACUGGAGCAGCGUCAAGAGCCCCCAGCUGUACGUCACGUCCCCCGGAGGGAAAUACACCAGCCUGGUGCUGCAAGCUGAGCUGGAGGGAACGGUCUCCAUCGCCCUGCACCCUCCCACGGGCCGCCUGUGCUUCACCGCAGUGGGACGGAGGGCAGCCCAAACUCUGCCCCAGGUGGACUGCGCUCACAUGGACGGGAACAAUCGCACGCUGCUGUGGAGCAAAGCAAAGAUGCCUGCUUCACUCGCCUUUUCUGAGAAGGGAACAACGCUGUAUUGGGCAGAUGUUGGGAAUGAAAUGAUUAGCUCUGUUAACAUGGACGGCUCUGAUUAUAAGGAGUACAGCACCGGAUCCCCCUUCAUUCUGUCUUUUGCUCGUGUUGAGAACAUCUUCUUCUGGAUCACUCUGGACAACGGUACUGCUCAAGUGUGGUACACGGAUGGUUUCCAGCCCAAACACAUGUGGUUUGAGGUGAAGGCUAAUGUCAUUGAGCUGAAGGCCUACAGCAGGUCCAGUCAGAAAGGGACCAAUGUCUGUUCUGAAAACAACGGGGGCUGCAGUCACCUGUGUCUGGCGUAUCCAGGUGGACGCUCGUGUCGCUGCGCACAGGACUACCUCUCUGUCAACAAAACCAAAUGUGUUUCCAACCUCAAGUGUCCCAUGGGCAGUAAAGCAUGCAGAGACGGCCUCAAGUGCAUCGCUCUGGCCAAGUUCUGUGACCAGAUCCCGGACUGCCAGGACGGCUCGGAUGAGGAGUGUGGCAGUGUGAGAAUCAAACCUGGAGCGGCCCGUCUGCCUGCUCUGGACUCUGCUGUUGGCAGUGAGUCGUGUGAGGCGGAGCGCUGCAGCGGUCACGGGACGUGUGUGAGUGUGGAGGGUGAGGCGGUGUGUGAGUGUGAGGAGGGAUACAGCGGGGAUCUGUGUCAGAACGCCUCCUCCAGCAGCACCGCGCUCGCCAUCACACUCACCUUUCUCUUCGGAGGGGCUCUGAUAGCCGCCGUCAUCCUCAAGAGGAGAAGGGCACAAGCAUCGAGGGAAGAGGCCACAGAAAAACAAACACUUGUGACUGAAGUGGAAGAGUGCACAACCUACUCUCAAAACUUUGCUAAUGAGUUGUACGAUCCUGAUGAGGCUCCGAUUACUCCAGCCAUUACCACAACUGUUAUCAGCUAAUGCACUUUUAUUUAUUUAUUUGGUCUAAUAAAACAUAUUAUUUGCAAUAAA